AUGACUGACCCCUACCCCCACCACCAACAACAACCAUACCCCUCAUCCGUCCCAAACAGCGAGACUCCAUACUACUCUCCCCCGGACGGCGUCUACCAGCACGCAGGAUACGACUACGAACCGCAACAGUUCUACAACCAGCAUGCACUGCCGAAUCAAGAUCCCGCUUAUAGUUCUCAGUACGACGUGAGCCAGAUUCCUCGGUCUUAUCCGACACAAUGGAAUCCGCAGGCUGCUAGCAGCAAUACCAAUCUCAACAAUGUUAACAAUGAGUCUAAUGCUACUGUGCCGCAAUAUGAUCCCGAUCGUCUGGCACCGGGCUACGAGCCGCUUGUUCGAAGGGGGAGUAAUGCUGAGUAUUAUGCCCAAUCCGCCGCAGAAAUGCAAGCCCCUCCUCCUGCUCCUCCAGCCCCGGAGACUCAACAGCAAUCCCGCGCCUACGAUAAUGAUCCUACCACCGCUGGUGGUGGUGCUGCUGCCGGUAAAGAAGAAGAAGAAGGCGAGCGCAGCCUCGGUGGAGCUGUCCUGGGCGGCGCGACGGGGUAUUAUCUGGGACAUAAGAAAGACCAUGGACUCUUGGGUGCAGUUGGGGGUGCGAUCCUAGGGAACUUCGUUAGUAAUAAGAUGAAGAAGAGUGAUAGUGAUGAAGAGGUCGAGGAAGUGGAGGUUGAUGAUGAUCGCGAGACGGAAUAUACGAGAUAUCAUAGUAAUCAUUAUCGGCGGUCGUCGAGUCAUGGACAUGGACAUGGACAUCAUCACCAUCACCACCAUCACCAUCAUCAUGGACAUGGACAUGAACAUCGGAGUCGGAGUCGGAGUCGAUAUGAGGAGGAGGAGGAGUGGUAGGGGGGUAUUAUGAGGUAUGAGUUAUGAGUUAUGAUUUAUGGGUUAUGAUUAUGUUUUAGGAUGUUCUCGUGCAGUGAG